CAGUUGGCGGAGGCAGCCUGGAGAGUUCGAUUCUCUGACCGCGAGACUGGCAACCAGCGGGGGAGGCAGGACGAACAGUGUGAGAGCACACAAGAAGCGGCUCUCGCGGAACCCAGUGAAGCCUCUCUCCCGAUCCUUUCGGCGGAGGAAUUCUAGCUGGCGUGGCUCGGCGGCCGCCGCCUCCACCUUCCUUCCCUCCACCCGACGUUCAUUCAGAGCCCUCCCUGGAUGGGACGGUCCACACACCACGUCUACUCGGUGCCGGGUUCCCCGCGAUAUUUUCUGACUGCCUGUCCGCGCGGUGCUCGCGUUAGCCUGUGAUCCUCGGCUCCCUAGACCCGUCGCGGAAUAGGGAGGUCGAAAUGACCCGGUUGGGAUUGCGAUUCGUCGCAUCCGCAGCGUUCCUGGCCGGGAUUGUCAGUGGGAAAUACAAUCACACAUGGGUCGAUCCGCCGCCAGUUGUCCCACUUGGACGAGGUGAUAUCGGGAAACCGAACAGUACUGAAGACGAUUACAAUAUUUCACCACGAUGGAGAGCUUUCCUUUCGAACAGCGAAGGUUCCGAGGAACAAGAUAGGCGGAACAUAGAUCCCUAUGACAACGGCCGGAAUUAUGAUGACCGUUAUAAUAGACAUCCCGAUGGCGGCGAAUAUGACCAGCGAUACAGAGGACAUCAAGAAAGUUAUGGUGGAAACCGAUCGCACAGUUACGGAAGAGAACAAGGUUCUGUGGAUCCUUACAACCAAGGAUCCGGCGAUCCAUACAAUCCAGGUGCCGGUGAUCCAUACAAUCAAGGUGCCGGUGAUCCAUACAAUCAAGGUGCCGGUGAUCCAUACAAUCAAGGUGCCGGUGAUCCAUACAAUCAAAGUGCCGGUGAUCGAUACAAUCAAGGUGCCGGUGAUCGAUACAAUCAAGGUGCCGGUGAUCGAUACAAUCAAGGUGCCGGUGAUCCAUACAAUAGAUCUCCAGGUUAUGAGAACACUUAUAACAGAGGAUCGGGAUCGGGAUCGGGCUACGGCUCUAGAGAUCCUUAUGACCGUGGAGAUCCUUAUGGCGGCAGCUAUACGGCUGUAGCAGUAGGUCGAGGUCCACCGCCAGGUUGCAAGGGAUCCGCUUGUUGUGUACCAAAAUGCUUCGCAGAGAAAGGAUCCAGAGGUCCGCCAGGUGUGAUGGGAAUACAGGGACCAAAAGGACAAAUGGGAUUUCCCGGUGGAGAAGGUCUCCUGGGACCCAAAGGAGAGAAAGGUGACCCUGGCUCUCAGGGACCACAAGGACCAAAAGGUGAUAGAGGGAAAAUGGGCAUGCCUGGAUUCCCUGGUAUAAAUGGUAUUCCUGGAGUUCAAGGUCCAUCAGGAGCUGCCGGUCUUCCUGGUCGAGACGGAUGUAACGGAACAGAUGGUGAAACAGGUCGUGACGGUAUUUCUGGAGAACCUGGUCCUCGUGGUUUACCGGGUACUCCCGGUCCCAAAGGAACCAAAGGAGAACCGGCAUUCGCUGGCCCUGUCCCUGUCGGUCAAAAGGGUGAACCGGGUAUCGAUGGUGUGAGAGGACCUCCAGGACGACCAGGACCUUCAGGAGAACGUGGAAUACUUGGGCCAAAGGGCGACCGUGGAGCUUACGGUAUGCCCGGAAUAGCAGGUCCAAAGGGUGAGAAAGGGCACAUGGGUCUUGGAUUUGAGGGUCUCAAAGGUGACAAAGGUCACAAGGGAGAAAUAGGACCUCCUGGUGUAGCUACAUCAACAUGUCCAUUCGUAACCAUAACGAAAGUGACUGGGCCCAGAGGCGAGCAGGGAGAAAAAGGAGACAAGGGUGAUUUGGGAGAGAAAGGAGCAACAGGUAGCGACGGCGCGAAAGGAGAUCAUGGUCCACCUGGAACUUCCGGCUCGAAAGGAGAAAAAGGUCUGCCAGGGCCUCCGGGAGAACACGGUCCAGACGGUUUCCCCGGUCCUCCAGGACCACCUGGGCGCAAAGGAGACAGAGGUCAUGAUGGUUUGGAUGGACUUUCUGGUCGACCUGGUUUGAAAGGGGAGCCAGGACGAGACGGACCUAAGGGUAUGCCAGGAAUUACAGGUCCACCAGGCCCACCUGGAGGCGGCAAAGGCUCACCAGGUCCACCAGGUCCAAAAGGACAGCGAGGAUUCCCUGGCCCUACUGGACCACGAGGCGCAGAUGGAUAUCCAGGAGAUCCAGGUCCUAGAGGUCCAAUUGGUCCGGUGGGAGGUCCUGGUGAACAAGGCAUUCCUGGCCCUGAAGGUUUAUCGGGCGAGAAAGGAUCGAAAGGAGAGUCUGGAUUCACAGGAUUCCCAGGAUCUCCAGGGCCCCGUGGUUUUGACGGCCCACCAGGCCCCGUAGGUCCCCGAGGUUUUCCAGGGGACAAAGGAUUAUCGAUUAUGGGUCCCAAAGGAAUGGACGGAGCGCCCGGUUUGGAUGGAGAAAAGGGUCUGAAAGGAGAACGCGGUUAUACAGGACCACGCGGACUUCCAGGCGAUUCCAUGGACGGAAUUCCAGGAUCACCAGGUCUGCCUGGUUUACGGGGAGAACCGGGAACUCCCGGAAGAGACGGUAUUCCAGGAUAUGCAGGAGAGUCUGGUGAAAAGGGAGAAAUUGGGGGACGUUGUUCAGAGUGCUUGCCAGGCCUCAAAGGGGAUCGCGGUUUGGAUGGUGCUCCUGGAUUGAUUGGUCCGCGAGGACCGCCAGGAGAACGGGGAUACCCUGGAGAAGCUGGUUUGGAUGGGAUGCUUGGGCCGAUUGGACCUCCAGGCUCACCGGGCAAGGAUGGAAUUCCUGGUUCACCAGGUGCGCCAGGACCACCCGGCGCACCGGCAACAAUUACGUGGUCUAAUGUCCACUUGGAAAAGGGUGAGAAAGGCUUACGAGGAUUACCAGGGAAGAUGGGUCCGCCUGGUCCAGUGGGUCCUAAAGGCGAUAAAGGUGCUCUUGGAUUCGAAGGAUUCCCUGGACCUAAGGGUACUGCUGGUGAUCGCGGUUUCCCUGGAUCGGACGGUAUUCCUGGAAGGCCAGGUGCACCUGGACGAAAGGGAGAAAGUGGUAUCAGCGUGAAGGGAGAACCCGGGGAACCCGGUCUAGCAGGUCACCCCGGUCUGAAAGGUGAACAUGGAUACGACGGUGACAAAGGAGAACCCGGCGAAUGUCCACCGUAUAACAUUACCAAUGGCGAGAAAGGUGCUAGAGGACUUCCUGGUGAGAGAGGGGAACCUGGACCAACGGGAGCAGAUGGAAUUAAGGGUGAAAAAGGUUUACAAGGUUUAUCGGGUCCGUCUGGUCCUUCAGGAGCGAUCGGUCCUCCCGGUCCAGUUGGACCGCGAGGAUUACCUGGUCCUCGUGGAGAUAAGGGCAACAUGGGACCUAUGGGUUUCCCUGGAGAGUCUGGUCGCGAAGGACCUAGGGGAUACCCCGGUGCACCAGCUCUUAAAGGCGACAAGGGAGAAGCUGGAAUAUCGGUCAAGGGUAGUCGUGGUUUGAGUGGUCCUCCAGGAAUAAAAGGAGAAAGGGGUCUUCCAGGACCACCAGGAAAGGAAGGUUCUUCUGGUUUGCCGGGUUUACAAGGAUAUGGUGGAGAGAAGGGUGAUACCGGCGAGUCCGGAAUGAGUGGUUUGCCCGGUGCACCAGGAGAAAAAGGAGACACUGGUACACCUGGACCACCGGGACCUCCUGGUAUAGCAGGAACUCCAGGCUUGGAUGGAAGCAAAGGUGAGCCGGGAUUCCCAGGAGAACCUGGUAGGGCAGGCCUUUCAGGAUUCCCCGGUACGAAAGGUGAUCGUGGAGCAGUAGGAAUCGACGGACCAAAGGGAUAUCCCGGAAGAAGAGGCUUGCCAGGUACACCAGGUAAACAUGGUAUAGAAGGUUUACCUGGUAUGAGGGGAGAACGCGGUGAAAAAGGUGCUGCUGGUUUCCCUGGACUACCUGGAAUGGAAGGAAAACCUGGACGUCCAGGUAUAUCUGGACCUAAAGGAGACGAUGGUCUUCCUGGUCCUCCAGGUCUAGAUGGUCCUACUGGAUUGAGUGGGCCUAAAGGUGACCAAGGUCCAGCAGGAUUUCCUGGACGUAAGGGAGAGUCGGGUCGAGUGUCUGAAAAAGGUCAAAAAGGUGAGCCAGGAGUACCAGGAAUCCGUGGUCCUGCGGGUACUCCGGGUAGAGAUGGCAUCGAUGGUGUGAAAGGAGAAUCUGGAUUACCUGGUUUUGGUCGAGAUGGAUUACCUGGCCUGAAGGGAGAACCUGGUUUGCCAGGUGCGGAUGGCUCACCAGGAUUCCAAGGGCAAAAGGGUGACAGUGGAGUAAGAGGAUUUACUGGGCCUAAAGGAGACUUGGGGCCACCGGGUGGGCCGGGAGAACCGGGUACACCUGGAAUCGAUGGAUUGCCUGGCGAACGUGGUGACGUUGGACCACCUGGACCUGUCGGUUUCCCUGGUUUGGAUGGUGAAAUGGGACCUCCAGGACGUCCUGGACUUAACGGUGCCAAGGGAGAUCGUGGCAUCCCAGGUGCUCUUGGUCACCCUGGUAUUUCUGGUGCACCCGGAGAGAAAGGUGAUCGUGGACCACCUGGACCAACGAUUAAGGUUAAAGGCGAGAAAGGUGAACCAGGUAUUCCUGGACAAGCAGGUCUUCGUGGAGACAAGGGAGAUCGUGGUUUGGAUGGUCCUCCUGGAUACAAUGGCGAGAAAGGAGAUAGAGGUUCACCAGGUUUAAUGGGAAAUCCAGGACCAUAUGGACCUCCUGGAUCUAAAGGUGAAACAGGACCAUCCGGAAUUGAAGGUGCCCCAGGGUUAACUGUCAAGGGUGAAAAGGGUGUGCCAUGUUCGCCUGGAAAGCAUGGACGAAAAGGAACAGCAGGACGACCAGGAGAGAAGGGAGUUCGAGGGUUGCCUGGUUUGCCAGGACACAAAGGAGAUAAGGGACCUUACGGACCUGUUGGUCCACGGGGUGAGAAAGGUGAUAUGGGUCUUUCAGGGACUCCUGGUUCACCUGGUCGCGAUGGAAUUCCUGGUUCUGAAGGAAUUCCGGGUUCACCUGGUGAAAGAGGCCUCCCAGGAGACGUAGGACCACCAGGGUUACCAGGUCUUCAAGGAGAGAAGGGAGAUACAGGAUCCCCAGGCCUGGGUGGUUUUGACGGAGCACCUGGAGAAAAAGGUGAUAGAGGUUGGGAUGGCGUGAAUGGGGCUCCUGGAGUAGUCGGAGAAAAGGGUGAUAGGGGAUACACUGGUGCAGUAGGAUUAAUGGGUCCCGUUGGUUACCCUGGUCCAAAAGGUGAAAAGGGAGACGAUUGCAUCGAACCACCGAUGGGACCGAAAGGAGAUCGCGGAUAUCCUGGCCCUCCCGGUCCAAUGGGACCAAAAGGAGAUAAGGGACUUCUGGGACCAGAAGGAUUGCCUGGAUUGAAUGGAUUGAAAGGUUCACAUGGGCUUCCAGGACCGAUGGGACCAAUUGGUUUCCCAGGUCCUCGAGGAAUCAAUGGUGUCCCUGGACUCCCAGGUCCUGAAGGACCUUCAGGUGUUCCAGGUUCUCCAGGAGAACCGGGAAGACCCUGCGAAGCUGUAUCCGGCGAUCUCACUGGUAUGUUGUUGGUGAAACACAGCCAAAGUCAGUCGGUGCCCGUUUGUGAACCAGGACACCUUAAGCUCUGGGAUGGAUACAGUCUGUUGUAUAUGGAUGGCGAUGAAAGAGCACAUUCGCAAGAUUUAGGUUCCGCCGGUUCAUGCGUACGUAAAUUCUCGACAAUGCCCUUCCUCUUCUGCGACGUGAACAACGUUUGCCAUUACGCCAGCCGCAAUGAUCGUUCUUAUUGGCUGUCGACCAAUUCUCCAAUUCCCAUGAUGCCAGUCGAAGAAACGGCGAUAGAAGAAUUCAUCUCCAGGUGCGUGGUGUGUGAAGUUCCAGCGAACACGAUAGCUGUUCACAGCCAAUCAUUGAGCAUUCCAGAAUGUCCGAAUGGAUGGAAUGGUCUUUGGAUCGGAUACAGUUUCGUUAUGCACACGGGUGCCGGGUCCCAGGGUGGCGGACACUCGUUGUCCAGUCCUGGAUCCUGCCUGGAGGACUUCCGAGCGACGCCGUUCAUCGAAUGUAACGGCGCGAAAGGACACUGCCACUAUUACGCGAACGAGUUCAGCUUUUGGAUGUCCACGAUCGAGGAGUGGCAACAGUUCCAAAAGCCCGAGAAACAGACCUUGAAGGCAGGAACCCUUAGGUCCAGAAUUAGUCGCUGCCAAGUGUGUAUGAAGAGCACGUAGACUCACGAACGCGCGUCUGUUCUUUGCUCUCUGCCUUUUUACUCAUGGUUUUUCUCUGUAUUCCUCUGUCUUUUUUUUUUUACUCGACAAAGAUUAUUACUACCGAUAACUAGAAUCGUAAUAGAAAAAAAGGAACAGAUCAAAGUCUCGCGACGAAAAGGGAGGAACGAUCGUUCACCGGACUCUUCGACAAGAAUUCUCACCGGUGAUGUCGAAAUAAAGAGAACAGCGAAGCUUCUUCCUUCGUUUCUUUCGUACUCCCCCUUGUUCCGGUGCAUACAUCUUGUCCUCAUUAUUUUUUAACCCCCGUCCCAGUCACCCUCUAUUGCUCCCUCUUCGUGUCUCCUACGUUUCUCUUGCCUACUUCACGGAUUACUUUUCUCAUCUCUCGCUGGACUUCUCUUGUUUUACUGCCUGCCUUCGAAUUUCCCGCGAGCGCCCUUCCCCCGUACGCCGUAAGUUUUCUUUUUCUAUAAUUAUUCAAACAAGUGCCUAGCAUACUAUUUUCUAGCAUGUAAAGUAAUAUAUAUAUAUAUAUAUAUUAUAUAUAUAUUUAUAUCUCGUUAAUGUCGUAUGAAAAUUAAGUUUAUCGUACUACCAUCGGACACUGCCCAUAUCCAAUAUGGCACAUUUUACAUAUUGUAUAUUAAUAUAAAUGAAUCUAGCCUGGUAAUCGUGUCAAGCCAAAUAUUUAAAUGAGUAAUUAUUUUGCUACGUAGCUAAUAAAAUUCUAUUUUUAAACUUCGCUCGUUUUAUUC